AUGCUGUCAGCCAUUCAGCCUCACUCAACGCCAGUGAAGCCUUCGAAAGCGGAGAUGGGCAUAUGACGCGAGGCGCUAACAUAGCGCGGCGGGCAAGUGGGGCAUACUGCACGCGUCUGGAACACCCUCGGGCAUUCCUCUUUCGAACAAACACGGACUUCAGCAUUGCAUCCCGCCACUCUACUCGUUGCGGUAAUAUCAGCUACCAAACUGCGAUGCUGUAGUGGGCAUUCCAAGGUUGCCAUAUGUAAGCCUGAGUAUGCCCUGUGGCGACCUCGGGACAAACGACAUCCGUAAGCAUUAUUCCGAUGCAGCUAGGCAAUAGUAAGAUACGCGAGCCAGACCUUUGACGACAUCGUGAUUGGAAAUGUGGUUUUAGGAGCUGCGAGGUAUAAAGUCGGAGGCUCCAGCCGUAUCGGCAAGAUUACUUCUCACAUACCACAUCGACGGCAUCACACCUGAGUACUUCAACAUGACACGCACCCUCAUCAUCUUCGGCGCCGGACCGGGAAUCGGCAACCAUGUUGCUUCUGAGUUUGCGUCCAAAGGGGUUGAGCAUAUCGUUCUUCUAUCGCGCAACACGGAACGCCUCGAGAAGGAAGAUGCACCCUUCGUCAGCAAAAGAAAUUCUUCUGUCAAAGUCGACACUCUGCGCAUCGACCUCGCAGACACAAAGUCCAUACCAGACGUACUCAAGAAGCUAGACCGCAUGACCGAAGGAAAAGAUGUCGAAGUCGUCUUUUUCAACGCUGCGAGAAUCAAGCCGAACGAUGUUCUGGGUGUCAGUGUCGAGGAGAUUGAGGAGGACUUCAAAACAACCAACCUCGCCCUCUAUGCCAUAGCACAGCACUACAUACCCAAACUCCAGCACCUCGCCAAGUCCAAUUCGUCGCUCAAACCAGCUCUUCUCGUCACUAACAGCCAUCUAUCAUGGGAUCCUGUACCGCAACUCCUCUCACUGAGUCUGGUGAAGGCUUCGCAGAAGAACAUGAUGGAGAGCUUCAGUCGUGCGUUCAGUGAUAGUGGUGUACACAUCGGGCUGGUUUAUGUUGAGGGAGUUGUAGCGCCCGAGAACAAGGUGCUGAACCCCAAGACGAUCGCGGAAAGGACUGUGGCUUUUUGGGAAGAUGGAGAAGGGGUUAGUGUUCAUAUUAAGGAAGAGUGAUGGUUGCGUGAAAAGCUAGCUUGAUUGAAGAAAUACCGCCAUAGAUACUCAGGCGGCUCGUAAGGUCUUCUUCAAUCCCUCACUCUAUCACCAUCACAUUCUC